UGAGCUGUAUGCAGAUCACCGUGAUCUGUUGUUCUAGGCUUUGCCCUUCUACUUUAGCACAUCUCGCUUCUUGUGAAGCAGACCGUCACCAGUGGGUGCUCGCCCUCCCGGUCUGCUUCACCAGUGAUGGGUUCCUGGCAACCCGAGCGGCAGGUUAUACGCUAAUCCCAAAGAGUCUGAAAGCCGAAGGUGUGCAGGGUGAAGCCUGAUACCUGUUCCUUGUCACAACCAUCAUUCGGAACGGGACUUAGCUAUAAGUCAGCCUUAUGGCCUGUUAUGCUCAUGUUCGGCGCAAACCCCAAUGACUGUUGUGCUGUCAAAAUCGCCGUCCAGACAGGACCAUGUCCGAGGCCACACGUCCUCCUGUCGGCCGGUCUUCGCGUGCCGAGAGGACGACAACGUCUUGUGGGGAGUGCCGGAGAAGAAAACAAAAGUGCAAUCAGGGUCAGCCAUGUAGCAACUGCGCAAGGCGGUUUCCACAACCGUUAUGCGAGUAUAAACCGAGCAGCAGACGGCCUAGCGUAACUCCCAUCUCCCAGCAAUCGGCCUUUGCAAUAUCUGUAUUGCCUUCAUCGGGACGGUACAGCGGGAAGUACGAAAUUGAAGGAGCCCGUCAUCCCCUCUUACCCCCGCGGCAGACAUCGUCAUCAUGGGCAGCGAGUCCUGGAGGAGAGAUUGGAGCAGUGACAGUGCGCUGGUCAGGGAUAGAUCUUGGAACUCAGCUUCCCGUGUCUGCUAUGAUGCCUCAACCACACGUCUUCAGCAGAACGCAGGGCGGUCUACUUCCAGAAGAAUUUGGCUGCAAUGACGGGUGUACAGUCCAUCCUGACCUGUACCAUGAUGCCGCAAAUCUACUUCGAACGUAUUACACUAUUCCCGCUCGCUUUCUGAGUGGGACCUUAUUUCGAGAGACACCCUCGGGAAGCAUAGAUUCUGGGAGUCUUCAAGCUAGCGGCGUAGCACCGUGGCCCGGAACAAGUCCGGACGAAGGACACGGACACAUCCCUCGCGCGCCUGGACAGCCUAUCCAAGACAAUGACCUGCUAAACAUGUUCAUCAACCUGAUCGGCAAUAUGAAAGCAUCCAUAGAUAGCAGCCCGGAUGCAGCCAACCCGUAUAUCCAACACUACAUUCCGUUUUGUCUCAGAUCGCCUCUCCUAACUCGCGUGGCCAUAUGCACCGCUGCAGGAUGGCUCCAUGUGGCGGGUAUCAUUGACACGACGGUAGCGAUGGCACAUAAGGGGCAAGCUAUAGCGCUUUUGAAUGAGCACAUUAAGUCAAGCCUGGUAGCCGGAGACGAAGGAAUAGCCGGAGUUGUUCAGCUCAUUAUCAACGAGUGGUAUUGGGGCGAAAAGCAAUCCCUCCAUGCACAUAUGGGCGGCCUUUGUGAGAUGAUUAAACUUCGUGGUGGGUUUCGAACGCUGGGGCUGAACGGGCUGAUUAGCAAACUUGCCAUAACGUCGGACGUUGGAAUUGCAUUGUGUUUCGAGAUACCACCUUCUUUGCGAGGUGGCCCCGAGUUUGAUUUUCAAGACAGCACCCAGCCCCCGUUGCAGCUGGCCCUGAACACGCCCUUAAUACCGAUGAUAUCAUCGGGAUCUCUCCCACACUUUGCUUCAUGCCAUGAGGAGUUUGACAUAGACCCCACCACGGCUUCGAUCCUGGACGAUAUGCGGUUCCUUGUUUGCACGGUCCUCGGGCUUCCUGAGAACGCUUCCCCGACGGAACUACAGAAACUGCAUCACACGGCUGCUUGGACUCAUGACCAGAUGUUGAGGCUUUCGACGGACGGUCCUGUAACGAGACGACCUUCUCCGAGACCAGCCAAUGCUCCAUCUCCGGCAGUGAACAUGACACCUGAGUCACAAACCAGGGGGGUUGUGGAGGGUAAUAACGGGCUUACGGCGGCUGCAUCACCUACAACACAAAGCACCCAGCAAUUUUCAGCAUAUGGUCUCGGAGUUCAACAGCAGGCAACGGGACGCAGUUCCGAGGUCAGCGCGGGGGAGAUGCCGAAACAAGGAAAAGGAAGUUUGGGAGAAGACUUAACCGUGCAACCCAGUCCUGAGAGCCCGGACUAUGUGUACCAAGCCAUCAGGACAUCGGCAAUCCUGUACACUCGAGCCAUCAUGACACGGCGUCCGUUCAGCGAAGUGGUCAGCAUGCAGGAUUUCCUGGAGCUCUGGACGACGGCGUGGAGGGUUCCGCUGGCUAAAUGGCGUUCCUUGCUGGGAGUCUUUAACUGGAUGCUUCUGCCUCUGAUAUCAAGUGUAAAGAACACAGGACAUGAUCUGUGGGUCAAGUCAAUGAUGAACACCACCCUGCUACAAAUGGGUAUGGGGCAUUGGGAGAUUGCGCAUCGUACCAUGGACGCGGCCAUGCGGCUUCAACGCUGGCUGAAGGGCGACAAUGUCAACCUGAAGGAAAACACUGGAUCGUCAAACAUGAAGCCUGGAAGCAGCAGGAGUAGGAGCGGCAGUGCCAGGAACGAGCUUGGAAAGGAAUUCGACGAGCGUCGUGGGAGCGACGACAAGUCGAAGACGACGAGCCUGGCGAAGGGAAAGGGGAAGGAGGCUGAACCGAGGUGAAGUUGGAGCACUGCCCUCGCUGCCAUCAUGCCGAUGCCAUGACACCGGGAAAGCCUGAAGGCAACAAGUGACUUGGAAAGAACGGAAUGCAGAGCGCAGGUAAGUAGGUGCCUACCUCUAGGUACCCGCGCAAAUCUCAAGGCUGCCUUGCGCACCUUCCGUCAUCUGAUCUCAUUUAAUAUUUGGAUGGUGGUUCUCUUCAUGUACACUACGGCAGGAGGAGCCAGCGCUAUGAUCAAGCGUACCAAACGGAGAUAGCAUGGUAUUGAGUAGCGUCAGGCGUGUACUCGUGUAGUACAAACUAGAAGUCCAGCAGCUAUGAAUUUGUUGUGUUUGUGUAUACGUAUGUAUGUCAUUGUUACCUAUACUUAAUAUUUUUCAACCAGUUUUGCUG